GUAACAGUUGAGCUGCUGCUGGAGUUUGUGUCAGUCCUCCUCAGACUGGUUCACAGACUCAGACUGGUUCAGGUCCACACUGAGCUGAUGAAGAUGAUGAAGAUGAUUAAGAUGAUGGUGGUCCUCGUCCUCUCCUGUGUCCUCUGUGUCUCAGCUGACAUUCUACAUGAGGACCUCGCUAUCAACGGCUGUUCAGCCUCUGAUGGAGAGGUGAUGUACAGUCUGGAUGGUGAAGAGAAGUGGUACGCAGACUUCAUCAACAAGAGAGGAGUGGAGCCUCAGCCCAGCUUCAUAGAUCAUAUGAGCUACAGGGAAGGAACUUAUGAACAGGCUGUGGCUAAUCAACAGAUCUGCAGGCAGAACCUGAAAGUAGAUCUUGAGGCCUAUAAGAACCCUCCUCUGGAACUUGAUCCUCCUUCCAGUCCGAUGAUCUACACCAAAGACUAUGUGGAGGUGGGACAGAAGAACGUCCUGAUCUGUCAUGUGACUGGUUUCUAUCCUGCUCCUGUAAACGUCUCCUGGACAAAGAACGGAGUCCAGGUGACUGAAGGAACCAGCAUCAACAUUCCCUACCCCAACAAAGACGGCAGCUUCAGGCAGACCUCCAGACUGGAGUUCGUCCCACAGCAGGGAGACAUGUACAGCUGCACAGUGAGACAUCGGGCCCUGGACCAGCCUCUGACCAGGAUCUGGGAUGUGGAGGUGAAGCAGCCCGGUGUUGGACCUGCAGUUUUCUGUGGACUCGGUCUGACUGUCGGUCUGCUCGGUGUGGCUGCUGGGACCUUCUUCCUCAUCAAAGGAAACGAGUGCAGCUGAUUGGCUGGGGCUGAUGAUGUCACUGCAGCACGUCCUGCUGGAGGCGGAUCCUGAUCCUGAUCCUGAUGCAGAUUCACUGUGCACAUAACCAAUCCGGGUUUAACUGAUCCUGUUUUUAUCCUCAUUUCUCUGAUUCUUUGCAUUAAUUCAACAGAAUGUCGUUCAGUCGUCUGCAGGCUUUAUGUCCUUACAGCCAAUCAGAUCUUGUGUGAAGCAGUGAUGUCACAGUCAGAUCAGACGCUCUGAGCCAAUCAGCAGCAGCUACACAACAACAUGAGCUUCAUGCUAAACUCUCCUUCAUAUCCAAGUCAAACAUGAGCUGACGUCUCGUCCUGAAGCUGCAGAUUCAGUCCCUCUGCUGCCCCCUGCAGUACGACUCUGUUACUGCAUGUCCCUGAUGACUUCCUGUCCAGGAGGCCCAGAGCUCUGCUGGUCUUCUGUCCUCAUGUCUCCAUGAUGUUUUAGAUUCAGCUUCUCUUUACUUUCCACUGGUUAAAUGAUUUACUGGAGAAAAAUAAAAGUCUGAGUUUGUCUUGUUUGA